UGGUGGGUGCCAGCGUCGCUGCUGAUGAGAAACUUGGUGGAAGCCACAAUAACAACAGCCAUAGGAGCGACGCUGGCGAGGCUGUAGGGGGAGAAACUCGACACCGACCGGGACUUUUUCAGCGUUUUUGAGGCUCGCCUCGCUACGGAUGGAUGUCGUAGGACGGAUUAAGGCGCGAUUAUGGUGGUGAACUCCGUGCACUGGUUUCGAAAAGGGCUGCGGCUCCACGAUAAUCCGGCUUUGCAGGAAGCGCUGAACGGCGCCGACACCGUGCGCUGCGUUUACAUUCUGGAUCCGUGGUUCGCCGGUUCGGCCAACGUCGGGGUGAACCGAUGGAGGUUUUUGCUGGAGUCAUUAGAGGAUCUGGACACGUGUUUAAGGAAACUCAACUCGAGGCUCUUCGUGGUGCGAGGGCAGCCCGCAGAUGUCUUUCCCAGGCUGUUCAAGGAGUGGAACGUGACCCGAUUGACCUUUGAGUAUGACCCUGAGCCGUACGGUAAGGACCGAGAUGGAGCCAUCAUUAAGAUCUCUCAGGAGUUCGGUGUGGAGACGAUAGUGAGGAACUCUCACACGCUCUACAGUCCAGACAGGAUCAUCGAGAUGAACAGCAACAGUCCUCCACUCACCUUCAAACGGUUUCAGGCCAUAGUGAACCGGCUGGAGCUUCCGAAGAAGCCGCUGCCCACAAUCACACAGGAGCAGAUGGCCAGCUGCCGGACGCAAAUCGCUGACAAUCAUGAUGAGCAUUACAGCGUGCCCUCACUGGAGGAGCUGGGGUUUAAGAGUCAGCCAGACGUCACGCCAGUAUGGAAAGGAGGUGAAACGGAGGCUCUGGAGAGACUUAAUAAACACCUGGACAGAAAGGCCUGGGUUGCGAGUUUUGAGCGGCCUCGAAUAAAUGCCCACUCUCUGUUCGCUAACCCCACCGGUCUGAGUCCGUACCUUUGUUUCGGCUGCCUGUCGAGUCGCGUGUUCUACUACCACCUGCGAGAGCUCUAUAUGAAGCUGCGCCGAAAAUCCAGCCCCCCUCUCUCGCUCUUCGGGCAGCUGUUAUGGCGGGAGUUCUUCUACACGGCGGCCACCAACAACCCCAACUUCGACCGCAUGGAAGGGAACCCCAUCUGCGUGCAGAUUCCCUGGGACCACAACCCUGAGGCGCUGGCUAAGUGGGCAGAGGGUUGCACGGGCUUCCCCUGGAUCGACGCCAUCAUGACCCAGCUGAGGCAGGAGGGCUGGAUCCAUCACCUGGCGCGGCACGCCGUGGCCUGCUUCCUCACCCGCGGAGACCUGUGGAUCAGCUGGGAGAGCGGCACGAAGGUGUUUGAGGAGCUGUUGCUGGACGCUGACUGGAGUGUAAAUGCCGGCAGCUGGAUGUGGCUCUCCUGCAGCGCCUUCUUCCAGCAGUUCUUCCACUGCUACUGCCCAGUUGGCUUCGGCCGACGCACUGACCCCAGCGGGGACUACAUACGGAGAUACAUCCCAAAGCUGAAGGACUAUCCGAACCGCUACAUCUACGAGCCGUGGAAUGCGCCGGAGUCUGUUCAGAAGGCGGCCAACUGUGUGGUGGGAGUGGACUACCCCAAACCCAUGAUCAACCACGCCGAGAGCAGCCGCCUCAACAUCGAGAGGAUGAAACAGGUCUACCAACAGCUCUCCCACUACAGAGGCCUUAGUCUGCUAGCAUCUGUGCCCACCAUACAGGAGGAGGCAGAGCCCCCGCUGUCGGAUGACUCUCAGGCCAGCAGCAGUGGUGUCCCCUCCAGUUCCACCCAAACCCAGUCCCAACAAACCCAAACCCAGCCCCAACCUCAGCCUCCUGACCCCGACCCCCAGCUUCCAGCAACAGCUUCAGUUCCCCCUGCCCAGAGAAAACGAGGACGGACCCCAGAACACCGGACCUCACUGAACCCCAAAGUCCAGCACACCAGCCAGGCCAAAGCAAGCGAACAGCCGCCGCAGACCACCAACAAGCAGUGACCACGCAGGCAGAUGCAGAUGGUAGAGUGGCUACCACACAGGAACAGAGGGGGGGAAAGGAAGACGCUCGAAACCAUCCAGAAUGACCGGAAACGCGACGUCAGCGCAGCGCAGCAGCUAUACAGCCGCUACCCGCACAGGAUCAGCAAACAAACUGAUGAAGGGACUGAAAGACUGCAGUUUGUUACCAUUCAGUACGUUAGACAGAGCUACAGCUUCCUUUGGUCUCCUCCCAGCAUCUCUUAGGCUGCUUUUCUUUUUAUUUUCCAGUCUGAAACUGUCCAAACAGCUGCAAACGCGUCUUCAUGACUUAGAUGCUCAAGAGUUUCUAUGUUCUUCAUAUAUUAGCAUUUCCUCACAAUAUAGAGCUUUUCUGAUCGUCAUUCAGCUUGAGGUGUGAAUCAGUAUUUAUGACCUUUAGCCUGAUUUGACAUGUCCUGCGUAAUCGUCUCGAACUGCAGAUGAGGAGCUUUCGGAAGCUGCCGUGUCGUUUUCCGACACCAGUAAUGUAUGAAGACAAACGCCGUAGAAGUCAGUAAUUGCUUGCCAUGUACACAAGCAGCAAAAUGAAACGGGACGUUUUUUGUUUUUUUUUCUUUUGUUUUUAAUUCAGUGUUGAGGCUAUAAUAUUUCAGCCUGUUCAGAGGUUUUGUGUCCGUAGCUCUUAAAAAAGAAAACGAAGAAAGAGACAACUGGCAACACUUUGCAAUAACAGGCCAUAAUAAACAGCAUCUUAAUCGUUUGGCUCAUAGUUUGUUAAUGACUAUUGCUAAUUGAAUCAUUGUCACAUGCGUGCAGUCACAGAUGGUACUAUUUUUAAUUUUUAUGUCUUGCAGUCGUGCUCAAAGGUUUAGGCACCACUAGUCAAAUUGCAUGUUUUGUAGCAAAUUUUAAAAACGUGAAAAUAAGUGUGUUUUCUACAGGGAACACACUUCUGCACAUUUUAGUGCACAAUUAGAAAAAUCUGUGUACCCUAAACUUUGUAUAAGGCACAUUUUUGUCCCCCCUCCCCCUUUUUGCCCUAAUUGAAAUGUACCAAAUAAACAGUUAUUGUGCAUUAAAAUGUGCUCUAUAGAGCCCAGGCGUCAUGAGGCCUGCGGGCCAAGUCGGGCCAAGUCGGGCCUGGAGCACAAUCCUAUUCGGGCUGCAAAAUGAUUAAGUUUACUGUUAAUCUUGGCCUAUUUCACCGUGAGCUGCACUACAGUUCCCAGCAUGCACUGCACCGUAAAAAAAGAUGUCAGGUGUCCAUUUCCUGCAAAUGGAGCGUCAUCUAAAGCCUACAGUACAUUGGGGACAUUUAAAGUGUUCUGUAGCUAUUAUAGUCUAUUGAUUUAUAUAAGACGACUUGUUUUUAUUUAAAAUUAUUUCUGAAUCGACGUAUUCAGUGACCAUUGUAGUUUUGGUAUUUUAAAUAUACGACAGCCAGUUGGGAUCAUUAGUAAUAUUAAUAUUACUAAUUAAUAUUAAUAUUAGUAAAUGUAAACAUGGCUCACAGAUUUGUUGAGACUUCUCAAUAAGGCCCUUUAGUGGUUGAGGGGUUGAACCCCUGCUGUCAAGGAUGCUUUCACUUACUUUCACUUGGAAAAGCAACAAAAUGUCAUUGGACCGGGGCGCGUAAACUUUUGCAUACGACUUCCGGGCUGCAUGAUACGUUUAUGAAAUGCAUUUACAGUGCUGUAACUAACGUCGGGGCGGAGUAGCAAUCCGAAGGGUAGCACUUAUUAAUGCGCCAGACGCAAUUCUAGAUCAACGAUCAUUAAACUGUCGCGUAUGAUUAUGUUGCUAUUUCUGGGGCCUGUUAUUAGUGUUACCACGCAAGCUGUUGUUUCUCCCCCAGAGCCACUCUGCAGUCUCCAGCAGACAGUUCUGAAACACUACCGCACUGCAGUGUCUGUAAACCAUCAUACAUGUUUUCCAGUAAGACUGAAUCUAUUACUGUUUGAUGAUAUUGACCAUUUUUAGGCUGCUUUAGCCCCCAAAGUUUAAAAAAAAAAACAAAAAAGCAAAAAAAAAAAAAAACCCUGUACAUUCCACGCGAACAUGUACAUUCACGAUAAGUCAAGUUCCCUCGAGCUAAGUGGAAUAGCUUUAUUUAUUUUGUCUUUUUUUUUUUUUUGUAUUGUACAAAAGAGUUUAUUUUCAUGGAAGCGCUGCUGGGAUGGCGAGCUGCUCGGUUUGUAGGCAGUAAUUUAUUGAAGCCUCCUCACUGCAUGUUUCUGUCAGCGACAAAGACAAUGUUUCCACGGUAUAUUGCGUCUACAUUGUUUUACUGUAGAUCACAAUAUAUCUAAAUAAAUUUUCUGAACGCG